AUGAAGGGAGUCAAUCAAGCCGAGGUCAUCCAGUUCCUCAAGAGUCACAUCAUUCAUAGGUUUGGGCUUCCAGAGACUGUCACGUGCGACAAUGAAAGCGUGUUCGUUGGGGACAACGUGGUGGCAUUCGCAGCUGAGUUAGGAAUAACAUUCACCCAUUCUACCCUGUACUACGCACAAGGCAACGGUCAGGCUGAGGCAAGUAAUAAAAUCCUAAAAGGGUGUUUGGUAAAGGUAGUGGAUGACAACCCAAGAAGGUGGGCAGACAUGCUCUCGGAAGUCCUGUGGGCGUUCAGGACGUCCCAACGAACCAGUAUGGCUACUACGCCCUUCGCCUUGACGUAUAGACAUGAUGCGGUGUUAUUAGUCGAGAUUAGUGUGAAGUCAGCCAAGGUGGCGUUCCAGCAGGGACUCACACCAAUGGCCUACAAUGAGGCCAUGAUGGCAGAACUCAAUGACUUGGAGGAGGAGUGCUUAGCCGCACUGGAUAGGAUGCGGGUUCAGAAGAAAAAGGUCACGGUAAUCUACAACAUGAAGAUCAGCUCAAAACACUUCCAGGAAGGGGACAUCGUCUUAAAGGCCGUACUCCCAAUCGGGACGAAAGACCCCAGACUGGGCAAGUGGUCUCUAACGUGGGAAGGUCCUUACAUGGUUUGCCAGACGCUCUGUGGCAGAGUUUACAGGUUGUGUGACCUGGAGGGAUGUAUUCAUGUCAGGCCUAUCAAUGGUAAGUUCCUCAAGGCCUUCCAUCCCACAAUCUGGGACUUGGGGUGA